AUGCACGCAACGCACGCUCGGGCCCUGAAACCUUAUUGUUCGACGCACGUACGGACCGUCGAUCAAAAGUCGCACGAGUGGAGAAAUGUCUUCUUCUCUUGUUGGCAACACCCCGUUGCUGAGUCGAAUUGUAUUGUAUCAGAUCCCACUGUACUGUCGGUCGUCGGUCGACUGUGA